AUGUUGCUUAAAGUUAGUCCAUCUCAACAAUACGCAUACGUAUUUGCUGAUAAGUUCAUUCUUUCGUUCGAUAUUAUUAAUAACAGAAUUGAUCAACUCAUUAAUAAUAGUAAUUGGUUUAUGUCUAGUCCUAUGAUACCACACGCAUUAGAUGUUACUGAUUCCUGGGCAAUUAGUAUCGGAUUUUUACUUACGCCCUUUCCAAAACUUGUACCUCUUUAUACUGCUAUGCUCUUCAACCUUCAUCCAUUUCAUUACAUGAGCACUGCCUAUCUGAAUCACAGUAAUGUGCUCAAGUUACAUGAUGCUACAGACUACAAUCAAGCUAAUGACAUGUCAGUAGCUAUCAGUGCGACACGUAAAAUGGUCAUUGUUGGUUUACCACUACUUGACCGAGUCUUUCUGUUCAAUAUCCGCUCUUCUAACUCAACAGAUGGCAAUUUACAGCUCUCUUUGAUUCGUAUUGACCAAUCAUCUCAACGUAGCAUUGGUUUUGGUCGUGCAGUAGCGUGGCUUAAUAAUGAAACAGUAGCAAUUUCUGUUUUCAACGUUCCCGAUCGAUCUUGGUCUAAAUCUGAAGUAUGGGUAUUCGAUGUAAAUAGUCCAUUCAAUAUACCUCUUUUUGUCUUUCCAAACAAUCAACAAAGAAUACCGAUGUCAUCGUCGCCUCUUUUCCUUCAUAUGCUUUCCUGGUCGGGAAACUUGUAUUUAUUGACCGAUCAAGCUCGAGCAAUACUAGUAUUGUCGAGAGCGCCUGGUCUCUGUUCUGUAGGAACUGAAAAUCCAUAUCGCACAUUAGUCUUUAAAGAAGCACCAUGUGUAGCUGGUACGUAUAGAAACUUUUCCAGCGCAGGACCGUGUUUUGUGUGCCCACCGCAAACUAAGAAUCCAAUGGAUCAUCCAUGUUUUCAGUGUAGUCCCUGUUUACCUACUGCAUUCUGUCCCAUGGGUUCUGUUGAUGAUACUCUUUCUCUUGAUACAUAUCCAUCAUAUACACAGACAUUCACCUAUCCAGAUUCACCCGAUAUGAACAACUAUGAUGAUAUUCUUGUGCAAAAUAUGUUCAGCAUUGGUCGUUCGGCUCGUUGUCUCAUCAUCGCACCUGGAUUUUGGACAAUUCUAGCUAUCAUCUUCUGUCUCAUUAUUUGGCUCAUAAUGCUUGCAUUGAAAAUGGAUAAAUGUCAAAAAGCAAAUCUUCGUCGAAAUCAAAUCAAAAACUUUUUCAGAUACAUAAACAUUGUAAACGAUGGUGAACGAUGGAUAGGUGGGCUAUUUUCAUUAGCUAUUUCUGUCAUCUUCGCCUUUGUUUUCUGGUUCUCAACUGAUUAUCUUAAAUUGUAUCCAAUUGAAACGUCAAACGAAAUGCAUGCCUCUUGUGAAAAGACAAUGCGUAAUGCUCUGUUCGACAGUGCUCUACAGCUACCACUGCCAAAUCCAGAUGGAAGACGAUGGUCUAUUUUCGAGAUGCUUGAUAAACAACCCUUUACAAUGACUGUCGAUCUAGUUAAUACAAGAGCCAGUUGUUCAGAUAUUACUGUUCAGCAGAACAGACCCGGCGUCAAGUAUUUAAAUAUGCCCAUCGCUGAAAAUGAUUGUAUUCUUCAACCGGACAACAUUACACGAUCUGUCAGUGUCUUAUUACCAGCACAUCGCGUAAAUCUGCAACUCAAUAUUACUGGACCUUACUUUGUUGGUGGAUUCCGUCUGUGUCUUCGCGGUCCUCGUGAUGUUGAUGGUGUGAAUACAGUGCAUACGCUUGACACAUGUCAAUUUUUCUGGACACCAAAUCAGACACUUUCGCGUGUUGCAACACUCUCUGUCGUGCUCAUCAAAGUUGUCAAUCAAACCAAACCACUAAAAGUUGGUGAUCAAUCACGCUACGAUGGCCGUUGGACAUUAACAUUUGGAGAAAGUUCACUUUCGGACGGCAUGAUCUACGAGCAAGACGGAUACUAUCUUCGUUAUGUUUCACAACGAACGACAUUGACUUUCAUAUUCAGUGAACAACCAUUUUUUCUGCAAAAUAAUCAAUAUCCGAUUAUUCGUGUCGCUGAACUUGCCUUUCAUACAUUGCUUUUCUGUACUCUUAUCAUUGAAUUAUUCGCAAUAGCAUAUCUUAUCAUUAGACUAAUUUGCAAGCCUAUCAUACAAUUAUUUAUUCAUAAUGCUCACUCACAAAAGUACGAUAUAAGUACGGUUGAAAAUGGAUCUUCGAAGUUUUUGGUAACGUCAGACACUGUCAUUAAAAUAAAAGAGACGGAAUUAGAAAUUAGUCCUGUUCAUAUAAACUCGUCAGAAAAGAUUGAAGGUCAAUGUUUGCCAACUUUGUCUACUUACGAGCAUAACGAAACUUUUUACAGACAUACAAAACAAACGAAUGUGACCAACCCAUAUGUUGACUAUCGAUUGGCACAAUUGAACUCAAAAGUUGACACAACUAAAUUUUAA